ACAUCCUGUGGCUACUUUGUAUCCCAAGACUCGUCAUUUGGAAACCAGAUCCUACCAGUGUUACCCAGAUUUGAUAAUAAGUGAUUGCAAUAAUGUCUGCAAUAAUGAAACUGAAGACCUUAGAGGGUCAUUUAGAGGGCUUAAAUGGGUUUACGGAGCCAAAAGUACAGUUAGAACAAUAUGAGACACCAGCCCAUCUCGCAGCUACUGCGCUCUAUACUAUACAGACACAAUUUGAAUCAAUAGAAAACAGCAUAGUCCUGGACGCGGGCUGUGGGCCGGGCAUCUGGGGUAUCGGUGCGGCUCUGCUCGGAGCUAGCUUCGUCACCGCCGUGGAUGUCGACGAGCACGCUCUGAACGUCUUCAGGGAGAAUGUGGAUGACAUGGAAAUAACUAAUAUUGAUGCUAUACAGUGCGAUUUCUUGGAGUCGAGCGUGUGCCAAUGGGAGGGUUACUAUGAUACAGUUUUGAUGAACCCACCGUUUGGCACUAAGAACAACAGCGGCAUCGACAUGCAGUUUCUCCGCAUGGGUACUUUCCUCAGCUGUGAUAGUGUGUACUCUUUACACAAGUCUUCUACAAGAAAACACAUAGAAAAGAAAGUCAAGGAUUGGGGCAUGAAGGGCAGUGUGAUUGCACAAAUGAAAUACAAUCUAUCACAGACAUACAGGUUCCACAAACAACAUUCUAUGGACAUAGCUGUUGAUAUAUGGAGGGUGUAUCAUCCACAUUAAUGAAGCUUAGAACUUAACACUAAACAUUUGUACACUAAGUACCUAUGUGAGGGCUUGUACACUAUACUGAAAAUCGGCGCGAUGCGAAUUCACAACGCUGAAAACUUCAAUUUUCGGUGACCAUUGAACCAUUCCUGCCACAACCAUCUUCCGUACUGAACGUAUUUUUUCUUAAGUCGUGGCAUGGAUAGCAAUAUUUGUUUUUUAAAUAAAAACCUACAACCGACAUUACAUGACUGGCCUAUUAGUCUAGUGGUUAGUACUAACCUCUAGAGUCUAGACCAAAAGGACUAUAACACUUCAUUAAGUGACCCUGACUGCUAUUGCGCAGGUCGUGGGUUCGAUCCCCACCCAGGACAAAUAUUUGUGUGAUCAACAACAAUGUGUGUGAAAUAUAUGAGUAUGUUUAGUGCUUGUGUGAUGCGAAUGAAUGUGCAAGUGGUUGCGUCGCGCGAGCGUGUACAAGCCCUAAUAGAAAAUCGAAAAUUUGAAGAGUGAUUUUUGAACGUGUGUUCAAUUCCUAAAAUCCUAGGUACCCCGUAUAUUUUUGCUAGGUCGUCCGCGAUAUCAGAUCGUGGGAAUAUAGCAUAAUUAUUAAUACUGAGGCAAAAGUGAUCAUUUUCUACUUAGUGUAAGCACAAUACUGCUCUGCAUUGAUUUUACAAUUAGUUUGUUUUUUUGCCACUUUCAGUUCAGAUCCUGGCAUUUUGUUGGCAUUACAAUGUAUUUAUAAAACCUCAUUUAUGUAUAAAUAAUGGUGAUAUAUAAUGUAAUAUAAGCUAGAUAAUAUAUUGUAUGUUUCAAACUUAAUAAAUAAAAUAAAGGACUGAUGAAAUCUUAAAUAAACUCAUGAAAUGA